AUGUCUCAGGCCGUGCAGACCAACGGGACGCAGCCCCUGAGCAAGACCUGGGAGCUGAGUCUGUAUGAACUGCAGAGAACACCUCAGGAAGCCAUCACGGAUGGGCUGGAGAUCGUGGUGUCCCCCCGGAGCCUGCACAGCGAGCUGAUGUGCCCCAUCUGCCUGGACAUGCUGAAGAACACCAUGACCACCAAGGAGUGUCUGCACCGGUUCUGCGCCGACUGCAUCAUCACGGCCCUGCGGAGCGGCAACAAAGAAUGUCCCACGUGUCGCAAAAAGCUCGUUUCCAAGAGAUCCCUGCGCCCAGACCCCAACUUCGAUGCUCUCAUCAGCAAGAUUUACCCGAGCAGAGAUGAAUAUGAGGCUCAUCAGGAGAGGGUGCUGGCACGAAUCAGCAAACACAACAACCAGCAAGCCCUGAGCCACAGCAUCGAGGAGGGAUUAAAGAUCCAGGCCAUGAACAGGUUACAGAGGGGCAAGAAGCAGCAGAUCGAGAACGGCAGCGGAGCAGAGGAUAACGGAGACAGCUCCCACUGCAGCAACGCCUCCACACACAGCAACCAGGAGGCAGGGCCCAGCACCAAGAGGACCAAAACCUCGGAUGAUUCCGGGCUGGAACUGGACAAUAACAACACCACUGUGGCCAUAGACCCUGUGAUGGAUGGGGCCAGUGAGAUCGAGCUGGUCUUCAAGCCUCACCCCAAGCUCAUGGAGAACGACGACAGCGCGCAGACGAGGUACAUCAAGACCUCAGGCAAUGCCACAGUGGAUCACUUAUCCAAGUACCUGGCUGUGAGGCUGGCUCUGGAGGAGCUUCGGAGCAAAGGAGAAUCCAACCAGAUGAACCUGGACACGGCCAGUGAGAAGCAGUACACCAUCUACAUCGCCACUGCCAACGAGCAGUACACUGUGCUAAAUGGGUCGUUUUCCCUGGAACUGGUCAGUGAGAAGUACUGGAAGGUGAACAAGCCCAUGGAACUGUACUAUGCGCCCACGAAGGAGCACAAAUAGGCCAUGCUGGGAAACUGGGCUGGGACUGACUCUUUUUAUAGCUACAACUUCUUUAAUAUGAAAAGAAGGCACCACCAGUAUCUUCCUGGACAAUACACGUGCUGCCUUCGGGCACCCUCAGUAUACUCAGUAAUAUGAUUAGACAGUAUUCUGGGUUGUAUUUAAUUUAGUCUUUGGGUUGGGUUUUUUGGUUUUUCCCUAGGAGACUAAAUGACCUUCUCCAUCCAGUGCAUUCCAGUGUUUGACAUGCUUUUUUUGUUCCUAAUGCAUGAUAACUGAGCAAGUGUUCCAGUUUGGAAUGUCUUCAUUUUGUCCAGGUAAAUCUGGAUUUCUCCUACAUUUGACACAGUUACAGUAGCCUCUGUGAAGUACUGAUGGCCAAGGAAGUCUGUUCAAUAGUAGCAUAUGCCAAGGAAGGUGUUAAAUGUUAGAAUUUGGUACCAGUUCUCCAUCUGAAAGAUUGGUAGAGAACGGAUUUUGGAUGGCCUUGCAGCUAGAGGUGAUUCCCUAGGAAAGGUUUAUUAAGUCAUUUUCUUGUGAACAAAUGUGAGUUUGGUAUCUUGUGAGAGGCAUCACUGCCCAUGGCAGGGGGUGGAACGAGAUGGUCUUGAAGGUCCCUUCCAACCCAGACCAUUCUGGGAUUCUGUGAUUCUAAAUAGAGCUGCAGUGAGAAAUCUUGGAAACCUUACUGUUUACUGGGCUUAAUUUGAUCCUUCAGGGCAAGGGGAUUCAUGAGAUUGGUUUGGUUUUCAGUCAAAACAAGCCCAAACAACCCAAACCCGUAACUCUUCCCCAUGCAGGAUGUGCCAGUGUUGAUGAUUGCCUCCUGGCCUCUCUGACAAUGCCCUGUCCUCACAGCUUAAGGGAAGUAAAUCUUGUGGAAGUGUCACAGCCCUGCUCUGUUCCCUGGAGUGGGAUCUCUGUUGUGAGCGUGUUAGAAUGUGCUCUAAAGAACUGUCUGGAAAACUUGUUUUUUAAAGCAAAUCCCCCAAAUUCCAGCACAUGGCCAUCAAAAUGCUUUGCUUUAGGGAAUU